AUGUCGAAUGAGCGAAUUGUAAUAUCAUUGGUUUUGCAAGCUUUGCUUGACACCUGUAAAACUAAGGUUGUCGAUGAUUUUAUACAAAGUGUUUUAAAACUCGUUCAAGAUUGUUUUCACGAGACCGAAGAUGUACCAGUUGUUCAGAGAGCAGUAGCACUCGAGAGAACGUUUUCACGAAAUAGAUCCGAUGGCAUCCACUACUUGGCGGUAAAACAAUCGUGGGAAAAGUUAAUUUUUUGCUCAGGUCAAAACGUACAGCUCAGCUCUGCUUCAGUGUAUGUAAUACUGCAGCAAAUUCUCCAGCAUUUCUGGUUCACCAGUGCCAAUACUCAAGAUGCAACAGUAGAUAUAUCGAAUGUGGAUUCACUCCCUGCAACUACAAGCUAUAUUGAUGCAAACCAGGACAAUGACACUAUUCGGGACCAUGCUGGGUGGGCAAUAAAGAGGGCAAGGGAUGUUAUCUUCAAGGGACAAAAUGAACUGCCGGCGAAAGCGACUGUUGAUGAAGAUUCCCCAGUGAUUUUUGGCAGCAAGACAGACGCAUUGGCAGUGUUAUCGUUAUUAGGAGAAGACAAAAAACAGCCAGAUGACAGCUACAGAUUUAGGAUUUACGAGCAUGUUAUUCCUUUUUUUAUACUUCUGCACAAAUUAGCCGAAAGUUUAUUAAGUCCGGAAAAUAUACUUAGGGAAAAAGAAAACAUUUUAAAGUUUUGUCUUGGCCGAAUGUCAACUAAUAAGGAAUUGCGAGGUAGAUGGGAUGAACUGACACCAAAUUCGGAUAUACGAACAUCAGUUGUUGUGUUGCAAAGAAUCGUUACUUUUUUCAUGAAAUCCAAACAACAAAUAAUUCGGGAAAAAGAAGGCCUUAAACCCAACAAAACUAGUGUAGCUCUGCGACAGCAAAUCAGACGACCAAAUAAAAAAUGUUCUACAAUAUCUUCCACUCAGACGACAACGGACCAUCAUAUACAAACCUUGAGAACCAAUUUUGACAGUUCUUCUUUAGACGUGUUUUUACUCCAUCUGAAAACUUUGCCCCCCUCUGAACAAGAACAUAUAUUGGGAAACCUUCAAGGGAAGGAACUGGGUAAAAUUUUGAAGUCUUUGGGUCAGCCUGCAUUUUUGGGGAAAAAGAAAGAAAAACAGAUACAGACCCUCCUUGAGGCAGUGAAGGGGGGGAUGGUAUGUGUUAAGUUUCCUGAUGAG